AUGUCAGCCUCUGGUGCUUACCAAAACGGUACAGCAGCUACGGCUACGCCCGUGGACUUGCACUCCACCGUGAGUCACGGCUCCCAAUUGUCUACGCCCUCCAACAAGGCGUCCCGCGACGACCUCAAAGACACUCGCUUCCCAGAGGACGCCCUUGAAAAAGAAGUGGACAUCCCAAAAAAACCUGCUUCCGCCUACCUCACCGUGGUGCUGCUAUGUUUGUGUGUCGCCUUCGGUGGUUUCGUUUUCGGCUGGGAUACCGGUACCAUUUCCGGUUUCGUCCAGCAAACGGACUUUAAGCGUAGAUUUGGUCAGGUCAACAAGGAAGGUGUGCCUUACUUGUCUAACGUGAGAACUGGUUUGAUUGUGGCUAUUUUGAACAUUGGUUGUGCCUUUGGAGGUAUCAUCUUGUCCAAAGUCGGUGACAUGUACGGUCGUCGUAUCGGUCUAAUGGUCGUUGUGGUUGUCUACGUUAUCGGAAUCAUCAUUCAAAUCGCGUCCAUCGACAAAUGGUACCAGUACUUCAUUGGCAGAAUCAUCUCCGGUCUUGGUAUCGGUGGUAUCGCUGUUCUUUCGCCAAUGUUGAUUUCUGAAGUCGCCCCAAAGCAUUUGAGAGGUACUUUGAUUGCCUGUUUCCAAUUGAUGAUCACCUUCGGUAUUUUCUUGGGUUACUGCACCAACUACGGUGUCAAGACCUACUCCAACUCUGUCCAAUGGAGAGUUCCUCUUGGUCUAUGUUUCGCCUGGGCCCUAUUCAUGAUUGGCGGUAUGUCUUUUGUUCCAGAGUCUCCUCGUUACUUGGUUGAAAAGAGCAAGCUCGAAGAAGCCAAGCGUUCUAUCGCUAGAUCCAACAAAGUCAGCAUGGAGGACCCAGCUGUUCAAGUUGAGCUUGACUUAAUUUUGGCCGGUGUUGAAGCCGAGAGAAUGGCCGGAUCUGCUUCUUGGAAAGAACUUUUCUCCACCAAGACCAAAGUGUUUCAACGUUUGAUUAUGGGUAUCAUGAUUCAAUCUUUGCAACAAUUGACCGGUGACAACUACUUUUUCUACUACGGUACUACUAUUUUCAAGGCUGUUGGUUUGACCGAUUCUUUCCAAACCGCCAUUGUCAUUGGUAUUGUAAACUUUGCCUCCACUUUUGUCGGUAUCUACACCGUUGAGAAAUUCGGUCGUCGUAAGUGUUUACUAUGGGGUGCCGCUUCCAUGGUUGCUUGUUUUGUCGUUUACGCUUCCGUCGGUGUUACCAGACUAUAUCCUCAGGGCGCUGACCACCCUGAGUUUUCAAACAAGGGCGCCGGUAACUGUAUGAUUGUUUUCACCUGUUUCUACAUUUUCUGCUUUGCCACCACCUGGGCCCCAAUGGCUUACGUUGUUGUUGCCGAAUCUUACCCAUUGAGAGUUAAAUCCAAGUGUAUGGCUAUUGCCACCGCUUCCAACUGGCUAUGGGGUUUCUUGAUUGCCUUUUUCACUCCAUUCAUCACCACCGCUAUCCACUUCUACUACGGUUACGUCUUCAUGGGCUGCUUGGUGUUUGCCUUCUUCUACGUUUUCUUCUUUGUCCCAGAGACUAAGGGUUUGACUUUGGAAGAAGUCCAAGAACUAUGGGAAGAAGGUGUUUUGCCGUGGAAGUCUGCUGAUUGGUUGCCACCAUCUAGAAGAGGUGCUGAUUACAACAAUGAAGCAUUGAUGCACGACGACAAGCCAUGGUACAAGAGAAUGAUCUAA